AUGAUCCGUUUGCGUCACUCCAGUUCUUCAGACAGAACAACAAGCGCCGCACCGCAGGGAUGGGAGGAGGAAACGAGAGCAGAAGAAGCCAAAUCCCAGAGAAGGAGCGCAGACUUGAUUCGGCAAGAAGAAGUAGACCAGGAAGAAGAAGGGGAGACGUCUGCAUUUCUCCUCCCCUCUGCCGAGUCUGUACAGCUUUUAAAGUCACCUAUCCCCACCAACAGACCAGUUAAGUGGAAAUUUGGUUGCAGCCGCUUUCAGCUGUUAGAAUUUUGGAGUGAUUUGCUCUUCCUUUUCCUUACUUACCAUUCAGUUUCCGGGGUAUCCUCUGAUGAACCCUUUGCGACUUUAAUGAGGGUAGAGUAA